AUGGCCCCCGACCUCUCGAUUCGCCAGACCCGAGACUGGGAGCGGGAACGGGCCCGCUGGCAGCUCGGGGCCCCCCACUCCGUUAAGGGGUAUUCCAGUACGGGUCCCAGGAGAGAACAUGUCAAAACCACGUCCGACCCCCAGCCAGGCUUUCUGGAGCGGCUGAGUGAGACUUCGGGAGGCAUGUUUGUGGGGCUCAUGACCUUCCUGCUCUCUUUCUACUUAAUUUUCACUAAUGAGGGCCGUGCGUUGAAGACAGCCACUUCACUGGCGGAGGGGCUGUCGCUCGUGGUGUCUCCUGACAGCAUCCACGUCGUGGCUCCUGAAAAUGAGGGGAGGCUGGUGCACAUCAUUGGGGCCCUGCGAACGUCCAAGCUCUUGUCUGACCCAAACUAUGGAGUCCAUCUCCCAGCUGUGAAGUUGCGACGGCACGUGGAGAUGUACCAGUGGGUAGAGUCGGAAGAGUCCAGGGAGUACACGGAGGACGGGCAGGUGAAGAAGGAGACAAGGUACUUCUACAACACGGAAUGGAGGUCAGAAAUUGUCAACAGCAAAAACUUUGACCGAGAGAUUGGCCACAAAAACCCAAGCGCCAUGGCAGUGGAAUCCUUCACCGCAACAGCCCCCUUCGUCCAAAUCGGCAGGUUCUUCCUUUCGGCGGGCCUCAUUGACAAGAUUGACAACUUCAAGCCACUGAGCCUGGCCAAGCUGGAGGACCCCCAUGUGGACAUCCUUCGCCGGGGAGACUACUUCUACCACAGUGAAAAUCCCAAGUACCCGGAGGUCGGUGAUGUGCGCGUCUACUUCUCCUACGCAGGACUGAGCAGCGAUGAUCCAGACCUGGGCCCAGCCCAUGUGGUCACCGUGAUUGCCCGGCAGCGGGGUGACCAGCUGGUCCCGUACUCCACCAAGUCCGGGGAGACCUUGCUGCUGCUGCACCAUGGUGACUUCUCGGCAGAGGAAGUGUUUCGUAGAGAACAAAAGAGCAACUCCAUGAAGACGUGGGGCCUGCGGGCGGCGGGCUGGACGGCCAUGUUCCUGGGCCUCAACCUCAUGACGCGGAUCCUCUAUACCCUGGUGGACUGGUUUCCCGUCUUCCGAGAUCUGGUCAACAUUGGCCUGAAGGCCUUUGCAUUCUGCAUGGCCACCUCGCUGACGCUGCUGACCGUGGCUGCUGGCUGGCUCUUCUACCGGCCCCUGUGGGCCCUUCUGUUCGGCUGCCUCGCCCUGGUGCCUAUCAUCAUUGCCCGGACCCGGGUGCCAGCCAAAAAGCUGGAGUGAAGGAAGCCUGGCACCCACCAACACCUGCGUGAGCCUCAGGGCCUCCCUUCACCUCUGCCCUGCUCCCUGCCGGAACAGCCCUUUGAACCCCACUCUUCACGGGCCACACUGGCAACUUGCAUGUCCGUUUUGGUGUUGGCCAGCGCGCAUCUUCCCCGCCCUUUUUCUUGAUAGUAUGCGGCGCCGGUGGCAGGACCCACGUGAGCACAGUGACCCAGCCUCACCAGCCUGAGUGGGUGUUGCAUUCCACUCGGCUGUCAGCCCACACCUGCUAGUGAAGGGCUCGGCCCUGUCACCCCCUCCCCCCAAACAAGUACCAUGGCUGCACACGAGCCUCAGGGCGGCCCCUACCGCUGCCAGGCUGCGCUGGGUUGCCAAGACUCACUCUUUCAGCCUGGCACAGUGAGUGCUGCCAAAGCCAAAUCUGCUGGUAGAACUUGAUUUGAUGCCAAAAAAGGCUGGGCACAAGUGCCCCUCAUCUGUAAUCCUAGCCACUUGAGGGUUGAGAUGUGACCAUCACAGUUCAAAGCCAGAAAAAAUU